AUGUCUGAGGUCCAGGGUACAGUCGAGUUUUCUGUGGAGCUACACAAAUUCCAUAAUGUGGACCUCUUCCAGAGAGGGUAUUACCAGAUAAGAGCUGGACUGAAGAUUCCAUCCAGGAUUCCCCACAGGCUGUUUGCUACAAUUGCAGAACAGACAGGUGAUUCCAGCCUUUGCUCUGCCUGUGUGCAUGAAAACAACGUUUACAGCAGAAUAUUUCAGAUUUUGUACAGGAACGAAGAGAUCAUUCUUAAUGAAUCAAUGAACUUCAGAGUACAUCUGCUUCUGGAUGGCGAAAGGGUGGAAGAUGCAUUGAGUGAGGCGGAUUUUCAGCUCAAGUUGGACCUGCAUUUUACUGAUAGUGAACAACAGCUGAGAGAUGUUCCAGCCAUCCCCAUGAUCAGCAGCCGUACGCUGUGUCUUCACUUCCACCCCCAGAGAGGCCUGCACCACCAUGUUCCUGUCAUGUUUGACUAUUUCCACCUGUCAGUGAUAUCCGUCACAGUGCAUGCGUCACUGGUAGCAUUACACCAGCCUCUGAUCAGUUUUGCUCGUCCAGGGAAAGGUUCAUGGCUUGGUAAAGGCAACUUGGAUAUAGGACCAGACCAAUCCAGUAUAUCAUUAGAAAAUCUUGUGUUCGGAGCUGGCUACUGCAAACCCACUUCAUCAGAGGGAAGUUUUUAUGUCCCAUCUGGAAAUUGCAUGCAACAUGCAUAUAAAUGGCAUAAGGACCUAUGUCUUCUGCUCUUGAAUGCUCAAAGAGGACUUCACGUAUACUACACCCUCAUAAUGAAGGAGGUUCCUGAUUUACCACAGCUGAAGUUGGAGGAACUACCUGUGGAAGAUAUGUUAUCUCAGUUCUGUGCAGAGCUGCAGCUGUUGAGCAAUCCGGAGAAGAUAGCAGAGCAGAUAAGCAAGGACCUCUCCUGGCUUUGCUCCCACCUUCUGGCCCUGUGGACCCAGUUCCUGGAGGUGGCAACACUUCACCCAGAAGUCACAGCUUAUCUGACUCAAGAACAUCAUAUGCUAAGGGUAAGGAGAUUCUCAGAAGCCUUCUUCUACACUGAACACAAUAAACUUGCUGUGCUGACAUUCCAGGAAGGCCUGAUCCAAAGUCAUGCGCAGAUUUCUACAGAAAUUCGUAAUUCAGAGUACUUUACCAGCAUGCCCCCGCUGCCAGCAGAAUGCCUAGACAUCGAUGGGGACUGGAACACACUUCCUGUUAUUUUUGAAGAUAGGUACAUGGAUUUGCCUUGCAAAGACCAGAAUUUGGAUACUUUCCCAGAUUUUGAGGCUCUUGCCAAUACUCAAAUUGAUACAAUACACGAGAAGGAAAAUCUUGCAUCAAAUGAUGACACUGUAGAAAUGAAAGGAGACUUUGGGAAAGGUACUUUGCUAAUACACACAGACAGGAUAAAUGGGAAUCCUUGCUUGUAUAGUGAUUCCAAAGGUGCUGCUUUCGCAGCCAAGGGUAUAAACCAGCACUCCACAUCUCAGGUAUGUACAGCAAACAAAGAAGGCCAAAGGAUACCUGAAAACAUUUAUGUUUCAAGUAAGGAAACUACUUCUGUCUCAGAGCUAAGCAAUACAGAAUGCAUAUCAGAGGAGUCUAAAACAUGCAAGGAAGUUUUAUUAAAAGACAAUAGGCAUUCAGUGGCUAUUACCACUGAAGAGAAGAAAUCUAGCAAUAAGGGUGCCCAUAAAAGUGAGCCCGUGUUGAUUGUCAGUGCUCAGAUUGAGUGCGGAGCGUGUGGAACUGAUGGCUUGGAAGGCAGGACUGAAAUACAUAAAAUGGCUGAAUCUGGUCAUCCUGAGAAUAAUUUCAGUUCUGAGCUUGCAUUGAGUGAAUUCAUCAGGCUUGAAAGAACACCAGAUGCAGAUAGCAAGCCUCUGCAGCCUGUUUUGAAAGCUUUGCCCUCUCACAGCUUGGAGGUGAAGUUGUUCACGAAGGAGCAACGAACUGAAGAGUGUGAAGAAUUUACCCUGAUGUCAGGGGUCAUAAAGAGAUCCUCCUCUAUUAUAUCAGAUUCGGGCAUCGAAAGUGAACCAAGUUCAGUGGCGUGGUCCGAUGCUCGGAGCCGGGCUCUGGAACUGCCCAGUGAUCGAGAGAUCCUGCACCACUUGGUACGGAGACAUGCCAUCCACCGGAAUUCCCUGGAGGGUGGGCACACAGAAAGCAAUACCAGCCUGCCCAGCGGGAUACAAGCAUCUCUCACAUCCAUUAGUUCUUUGCCCUUUGAGGAAGAAGAGAGAGAAGUGGAGCUUACCAAACUGACUAAAUCUGUCUCAGCUCCUCAGAUCAGUAGCCCAGAGGAGCCUUUGGAGGAGGUGGACAUAUCUAAACACAUUGAAGCAACCUCACGAGACUCAGGAGGAUAUUUAAAAAGCUGCAGGGAAACAGAGAAUGGAGAUGGUCAACUAAUGAUGGAUUUUUCUGUGUGUCAGCUCACCACUGAAAGUGGGCAACCAGAACUAAGAGGACCUCCCAAACUCUCUGCCAAAAACAGUAAUGACAACCUAGAACUACAAAAGGAGGAGGCAAAGGAAGAUUUCUCAGAGACUUACUGUAGUUUGGAAUGUGCAAAACCACCUGCAUGUAAUCCUCUCAGAGAUAAUGACUCUGAAUGUCAAUCACUGGAAAACAAUGAUGAGUGCAGCUUAAAAACACCAAGGGCUAAUAAUUACUUGGACAAAAGUAUAGGCAAGUUUGAUAAGUACAUUACAGAUCCAAAGGAUACAUCUAAGCCGGACAGCUUAAAAAUAGAACAAGACUUGUAUAUCAAUGUGAGAAAAACAGGAGAGGACAGUUUCUCACAAAGCAUAAAGCUGGUACCACAUAUUUGUAAUCCUGUUUCAGGUCCUUCAGAGACUUCAACAGAAUUUGGCUCAAUGCAAGGAGAAUGCAAUAGCUUUCUUGCUGAUGAGAGCCUGCUGGUGUAUGCAGAAAUGCAGGGGUUACAGGAAAUUGAGCUCAACGACUCACCUGCCUCAGCAGAUCCUGCUGCAGAAUCCUGCCAGGACAAAUAUCCUCAGGAACUUGACAACCAAGGGCAGAAACUUGUAGCUAAUGGCACUGGGUUUCACUCGGUUACAAUGGAUGGGGUAGCACUGGAAAGCAGAAAGACUGUUGAUGUAGUUAACCUCUCUGUCUCUUGCACGGCCACAUGUCUUCCCUUUUCUUCUGUGCUCAAAGAGACCCCUGCGAUGGUUGGCUUCUCUGCAAAGCAGGCUGCAUUUCCCAUCACACGUCAGCCUCUGGGCUCUUUUGGAGUUGUUUCUUCCCAUUCAAAUGAGGUGGAUGAAGAAGCCAAUGAAAGGAUGCUGAAUUUUUAUCAGGCCAAAGAAAAAUUUAAAAAAGAAAUGAAGAUUGAAGGAUUUCUGUACAGUGACUUAUCUGUACUAGCUUCUGAUAUCCCAUAUUUUCCACCAGAGGAAGAGGAAGAAAAUUUGGAAGAUGGAAUUCACCUGGUUGUCUGUGUCCAUGGAUUGGAUGGUAACAGUGCAGAUCUACGGCUGGUAAAGACUUUUAUAGAACUGGGACUCCCUAGUGGAAAACUGGACUUCCUAAUGUCUGAAAGAAAUCAGACUGAUACUUUUGCUGAUUUUGAUACAAUGACCGACCGAUUGUUGGAUGAAAUUAUUCAGCAUAUUCAGUUGUAUAACCUCUCCAUAUCCCGGAUAAGUUUUAUUGGGCAUUCCCUUGGUAAUGUCAUCAUCCGAUCUGUACUAACUCGCCCCAGGUUUCGCUAUUACCUCAACAAGUUGCAUACCUUCCUGUCCCUCUCUGGGCCUCACCUUGGAACCCUUUACAACAACAGUACUUUGGUUAGUACAGGUCUAUGGCUCAUGCAGAAAUUGAAAAAAUCAGGGUCACUUUUGCAGUUGACCUUCAGGGACAAUGCAGAUCUGCGCAAGUGUUUCCUUUACCAGCUCAGCCAAAAAACAGGUCUUCAGUACUUUAAAAAUGUUGUAUUAGUGGCCUCACCCCAAGACAGAUAUGUACCCUUUCAUUCAGCAAGAAUAGAAAUGUGCAAAAAUGCACUCAAAGACAGGCAUACAGGUCCCAUUUAUGCAGAAAUGAUUAACAAUCUACUUCAGCCUUUAAUUGGGGCAAAGGACUGCACUUUGGUCAGGCACAACGUGUUCCAUGCUCUACCAAACACCGCCAACACAUUGAUAGGCCGAGCUGCCCACAUUGCUGUGCUGGACUCCGAACUUUUCUUGGAGAAAUUUUUCCUUGUGGCGGGACUAAACUACUUCAAAUAG